AUGUCGCACGACCAGAACGGAGCGCCGGCGCCAAGCGCAGAUGCUGACUUCGCCGCGGCUAUGAAGGAGCUUGCGCGCGGCGAGCAAACCGCUGCUGCGCUGGAAGGCCACCUCGACUCGCUGGAGAAGAAGAUCGAAGAGCUGUUGGCGCAGGCCGAGAACGCCGAGAAGGACAUGCAGACCGGUGCCGAGAAGAUUUCAUCUCAAGGUCAGCCCAAAAGCUCGUGA